CUUUUCAAACUCUUAGUCCCAGAAGAAGUGUUCACGCGACUAGGAAAGGAUAAAUCUUCCAGAAAGAGUGUAAACAAACGCCGAGUUGGUGGCGUUUAGUCUUUAAUUUCGUGUGGAGUGAUUUGAAAGGGUUUAUCAUGGAGUCUGAGCUGCUGAUUGGCUGGGAUGCAGAACGGGUGGAGUUAAAGGCAGAGUUAUCCAGGCUGGAGGAAGAGCUGGCUGAGAGUCGAGCAGAGACAGAGGAACUUCGAUCUCGAUCGAACGUGCUGACCGAACGGUUGUCUCAGACAUUGGACUCAUCCAUAUCUCUUCGUUGGGAAAGUGAGCAGAGAGAGUGGAGAAAGAAACUGCGAGAGGGAAAAGAGCGAGAAUCAAGACAGGCUCUGCUCAUCCACAAACUGCAGCAAAAGGUGAUGGAGUACAGGCAUCGCUGUGAACAUCUGCAGCAGCAAGUGAUAGCUGAGGAGAGAGAAAUGAGAGUCCGAGAGAGGAUUUUGCAAGACGAGCGCAGCGAUAAUCUGGAGACCACCCUCAUCAGGCUGGAGGAGGAACAGCAGAGGAGUGUAACGCUGGUCGAAGUCAAUGCACUGAUGCGCUCUCAGCUCAGCCAGUCAGCAGAAGCAAACCAAGCACUGCAGGAUGACUUGAAGAAACUGACCGCUGAUUGGUCUAAAGCGGUGGAGGAAGCAAGGCAGAAGGAAAUGGAUUGGAACAAAGAGAAAGAGGUUAUCUCUGGGUAUUUAGAAGCAGAGCGCUCCAGGUUAAUGUCGCUGUGGAGCAGAGUCGAAGCUCUCAGACGCCAGUGUCACGCCGUCAAAGUUGCAACAGACAAAGACUUAUGGGAACUAAGAGCAGAGUUCGCUCGUCUGUCGUCCACUUUUCUCUCUCUGAAUGUCCUUCCUGCUCUCUCUUCAACUCAUUCUCCUCCUCCACCUCCUCCUCUGUCCUACACUUCGGGUCCGAUGACUCUGGCAGAGUUGGAUCACAAUGUGAACAUGGAGAAGCUCGAAAGCAGGAUCGACGAGCUGACGGCUGUUAUAAAGUCUCAGGAGCUGGAGAGACAGAGGCUAGAGGAGACCAUGAAGAGCAGCAACAAAAAAGAGGAAAAAGAGCGAGAGCUGCAGCAGGACAAAUACAGAGAAAUGGAGAGAAAAAUAGAAUCAGUUACACAGGCCACCAGAAAACUGCACAGGUUUCUGGGUUCUCUGAGGUCAGAUGGACACAAAAGAGCUUUUCCUGAUCCUGGGGGGUUCAGUGAUGAUCUCCACUCUGUCCUGUGGGUUAUCUCUGAGGCUGAGAGCGCCUUCCAGUGGGGACAGCAAGAACUGCAGGAAGCUGAAGCGAAGUGGCGCAGGUUGAGAGUGGAGACAGAAUCGCUGCAGCAGGAAAUCGCAGAGCUUAAAAAUGAGAAGGCGGAUCUUCAGAAACAAGCCAGUUUGGAAGCUCUAGAGUUAAAGCAGACACAGAGCCUGCUGAGCAGUGAAAAAGAAACAACAUUGAGUUUGAAGAGGCAGCUGGAUGAAUCUGAGCGCCGCAGUGAAGAUCUGAAGAAAGAAAAUGUACGGUUGAUACAGCAGAGAGAGAGGGAGGAUGAGGAGAGGAGUGGAAUAGAGAGAGAGCGACAGAGACGAAUGGAGGUAGAGCUUGUGGAAAAUGCCCAUUUGUGCGAGCAACAGAGUCGUACUCGUAUAGAGCUCCAUACCCUGCAGGUGGCGCUGGAGCAAGAGAGACUGGAAAAGGCGAGUGCAGAGAAAGAGUUAGCAGACACCAGGGACGCUUUAGCCAAGACACGCGAGUCUCUGCUCUCUCUCUCCUCUACACACACCUUGCUGCAGAGAGAAGCUGCUGACACCUGUGAUUCUUUGGAGAAAAUGGCUACCUUGAACGAGUCACUGACACGAGAUAAAAGAGAGCUCGGUGCCCGAAAUCUUCAGCUGGAGGAGGAGGUGACUGAAUCUCAGCUGCAGCUUCAGCGUUUCAGAUCAGAUGUAGCAUCUCUGCAGAAGGAGCUGAAUGCUGUUUCGGAGGAAAACACAGAGUUAAGGGCUUGUCGAAAUGCAGAGCUGGACUCCCUUCAUCUGCUUAGAGCGAGGGAAAGAGAAACGGAGGGAGAACUGCAGAUACUGAGAGAGGAAAGAGAGAGAGAAUCAAAUGCUCUCGCUGAUGAGAAAAGGAAAAAUGAGCAGUUGUUUGAACAGUACAGAAGUGUGUGUGAGGAGUUGCGUACUGUGAAGGUGAAGCUGGAUAAAGAGAUUGACCAAGAGAAGAGAGCGCAGAGAGAGAGAGAAGAGCUGCAGAGAGAAAAACAGAGACUGGACGAAGAAGUGCACAGUAUAGCGCAAGAGAAGGAGGAAAUAAAACAGGACCGAGAGGAUCUCAGGAAUUUGUGUGGCAACCUCCAGCAGCAGCUAUGUGUGGCAAAGGAACAGAUUUCUGUACUGGAGGUUCAGGAAACACAACUGCAAAUGCAGGUUCACACACUCCAGCAGGCCAAAGAUGUUCUACAUGGAGAGAUAAAGUGUCUUCAGUCUGAGGUGGAGAGAAACUCAUUCCUGAGGGCAGAAGAGAGAAGAGGAGCAAGUGAAGAACAGAUGCGGAGUGAAAAAGAGAUUGAAAACUGUCAGUUGGAGAUCAGGAGGUUGAAUGCUGAAGCCCAAACAUCACUGAACAACCGAAGAAUACACGAGGAAGACAGAGAAAAGUGGCAAAGAGAAAGAGAGGCUCUGAGCUCUGAGCUGGGACUGAAAGAUGGAGAGAUUGGGGCUCUAAAAAACAGGAUGGACGGAUUGGUGAAAGAAAAUGAAAAGCUUGCCGUCCUGAUUGGUGAAAAAGACAGAGAUGUGGAGAGAUUGUUGUCAGAACUCAGGAGUCUGGAGUUGCAGAUGCAAGAAGUGAAAGCUGAGAUGGAACAAUGGAGGGAGAGAGUGAUAGACAUUGAGAGAGAGAAGGAGGGACUUUUGGAAAGAGUGACGCAAGACAGCGAAGAUCUGAAAAUAAUCGAAAAGGAGAAUGCCAAGAUGGCUGACAUUUUAAAGCUGAGGGACAGUGAGAUAGAAAAGAAAGGUGAAAGCAUAGAAGAAUUAAUUGAGAACAUAAGACUGCAGGACAGCUUAAUAGAAAAACUAAAAAGAGAGCAUAAAGAAAAAGAGAUUGGAAUAGCUGCUAAAAUACACAAAGAGGAAGUAAAACAAAAAGAAAGGGAGGCAGAGGAGAGAGAAAAAGAACUGAAGCUGAAAGGAGAGCUAAAAAAGAAAGAAAGUGAAUUAGAAAGACUCAAAGACAGUGUGGAAGAAUUGAAGAUGGAAAAGCAACACAUGUCUCAUCUUCUGCAGGAAAAAGAUACUUACCUAGAAAAGCUUAAGAACAAAGUGAUAGAUCUGGAACAGACAGAUAGAGAAAUGCAAGAUGAGGUUGAGUGGUGGAAGAAAAAGGCUGGGGAUGUGGAGAGAGAAAAAGAAGUACUAAUAGAGAGAGUGGAAAACCACAUUUCUGUGGAACGAGAGAGGGAUGAAUUAGCAGACCGACUGAGAGAAAGGGACGAAGAGAUCAAAAAACGGAAGAGAAAUGAACAAGAUAUGGUGCGUGACCAUGAGAGGAUGAAGGAGGAGCACAGAGAACAAGAGACACGGCUGAAGCGGAGAGAUAGAGAGGCAGAAGAAUAUAAAAGUACAAUAGUAGAGAUGACAAAAGAAAAAAACGAGCAAGAGAAAUGGAAAAGGCAGCUCGAGGAAUUGAAAACAGAAAAGAUGAGUCUGGAAGAAAAGAGGAAUCAACUGGAGGAAGGAGAACAGAUGAUGAAGGAAGAGAUUAACGUGCUUAGAGUGAAGAUUGGUGAGCUGGAUAGAGAGAACAGAGAGGUUGAAAGGAAAGUCCUAGAGCAAAAAGAUCAACUCCAAAUCCAGGCUGUUCUUCUGAAAGAAAGAGAGAUAGAUAUAUACAGAAUGAGAGAGACUUUAGACGAAAAAGAACAGCAGGAAAAUGAGGAGCUGAUGACAUUAAAAGAAAAACUGAAGGAAACUGAAUUGGUUCAGGUGAAAGAAAGAGAUAUACGAAAGGAAUAUGAUCAAAAACUCCAGCUGGCAAGAGAUAAAAUAGAUCAAGUGGAAGGAAAAGUGAAAGAACUGGAAGUAAAGAACAAAGGUUUGACACAAGAGGCAGACAUGGCGAGAAAAAGACUUGGAGAGCAGUUGAGAGAAUUGGAGACCAAGUCAAGGCUUCUGCAAGAAAAUGAAGAAAAUGUUACGAGAUUAAAAUUGAGAGUGGAGAGUGGGGAAGAGGAAAAGGAACAACUGAAGAGCUCUCUUAAGGAAACGAAGGGAGAGAUGGAGAGGCUGAAGAUCGAACUGAACGAAAGAAAAGAAGAGGAAGAAAAGUUGAGGUCAAGACUAGAGCAACAAGUUCGAGAUCUGGGAGAAGACUUAAGGAGGAAAGAUGGAGUUAUUGAUGCUUUGAAGGAGAAAACAGAUUACAUUCUAAAGCAAAAAGAAGAGGAGCUAAAAGACGCAAAGAAAAAUAAAGAUGCAAUGUCGACAGAGGUGACAAAGCUAAGAGAAGAGGUAACUGUGCUUUCUGUGAGCAAAGAGAAGGCAGAAACUAUGGUGAAGGAACGGGAUAUAGAGAAUAAAAAGAUAAAAGAUGGACUAAAAGCGGGAUUGGAAGAGAUGGUCACUCUGAAGGAGCUGCUAGAGGAAAGCCAUUGUGAAGGAGAAAAACUCAGGAAGAUCUUAGAGGUGAAAAAGAAUGAGAUGAUAAAGGGAAGAAAGGAGGAGGUCAGAGCAGCACGAGAAGAAACGGAAUAUCUAAAACUCAGAGUUCAGAUGCUCCAGAAGGAGAAUCGAGAACUUCAGGCACAGCUGUGGAUCAGGGAGGAAAAUGACAUUAAGAUGAACCGUGAAGUUAAAGACAUAAAGAAAAUGGAGCUCGAGGUGCAGGAGACCCUGAAAAUGACACUGGAGGAAGAUGUAAAGGAUAAAAAUGAUGAACUAAAAAAACACGAAGAAUUGCUGAAAGAUGAGGAAAAUGAAAGACAGCGUCAGCUGAAGGAUAAUAGUUUGGAACUCAUUAGUGAGAAACUGAAAGCAGAGGAGAGUGAGAUCAACAGAAUGAAGAACACCUUGGAAAGUCAAAUGGAAAAGAAAAACACAAGCUUUGAACUUGUCAAAGACGAACUGGGAGCGAAGAGGGAAACUGACACUAUGAAGAAGGAAACGGAGGCAAACGAGAAGAUAAAACACGCUGAAAAACAAAGUGUUAAAAAAAUCACGUUUGCUACGGAAAUUCUUCCUGAAAAAGAAACAGAGUUGAAAAUAAUUCCAGAAUUGAAAGAAGAAAAUGCAAGGCAUCUGUUAGGGGAACAACUCGGGGAUGCACAGAUGGAGACAGACAUUUUGAAAAGGCAAAUGGAAAGAGAAAAAAAACAAAAUGUAAUGACAAAUCUGGGGGGAAAUAUACUUGUGGAGAAGAUACACAGCCAGUUUCAAAAGAACUUUACAAUAGUAAAUGCGCAGACAAAAAAGGACUUUCAAAUGAAGGAAUCACAAAGUCAGACUCGAAUGACAGAGAAUAUAGAAUUACAAGCAGAGGUGUAUGAUUUAAAGAAGGAAGCAGACGAGCUCAGGAAAGACAGAGAUCGCUUAAGAACAGCCCUGGAAAAAAAUGAGGCAAUGCUAAUUCAUUAUCAAGAAAAAGCACGUCAGCUGGAAAAAAAGGUGCAGGUGGUGAGCAGCUGUGAAGAAGAAUCACAAGAGCGCGUGUGUGCCCUGCAAAGAGCUGUGGCUGAGCUGGAACUGAAGCUAAUGAAAUUACAACAGAGAAAUGAACGGCUGGAACAUCGUAUUGAGAAGCUGAGAUUGGAGAAAAUGAACCUACGUGACACUUUAAAACAGGUUGAGCUGGAGAGGGAGAAAUUGAGAUGUCAACUGUCACAGUCAGAUGGUGAAGUACAGGAUUGCAGCAAUCCUUCUGGAGCUGAUGAGCUGCGGUGUCUGAGAGCACGGGCAAGUGAACUGACUGCACAGGUCCACCAGUUACGUCUGCUGCUGGCUUCAGAUCAUCAGGAACGGGCAGAAUUUAUUGACCAAUCCUUGAGGAAUAGUGAAUCACUGCAGACACUGAGGCAGGACCUGAAUGACUCUCUCACACUGGUGUCCAAGCAGCUUGCCCCUUCGGUUUUGGAGUGUGAAACACAAAGACUGGACAGGAGUAUAAGAGGAGAGCAGCUCAGGAUUUUGCUCAGUCAUAGCUGAUGAACUAAUGAGAUUUCCUGACUUUGCACAUUUAAUAAAGUCCUUUUUAUUUAGCUACAGUGCCUCGCAGAGUAUUCCCCACCCUUAAACUUUUCCACAUUUAUAGUAGUGGUGUUACCACCUGGAACUGAAAUUGACCUAAUUGGAAGGUUAGGGAAGGUCUCAGAAUUUGUUAGACAACAUACCUAAUCAAACAGGAUCAGGAAGACCAAAGAGCUUUUUAUUUAUUUAUUUACUUAUUUAUUUAUUUAUUUUUUAAAUAUUUCAAGCUUUGAACAUUAACAAGUUAUUAAAACGUGGAAAGAACAUGGCACAACUGUGAAUCUACCUAGAGGAGGCCAUCCACCAAAAGUCAGUGACCAGCUAAGGAGGGAAAUAGUCAGAAAAGCAACCAAGAAGCCAAGAGUAACACUUAACACGAUGCUACCACCAACAUGUUUCACUGUGUGAAUGGUGUUCUCAGGGUAAUGAGCAGUGUUGGAUUUU